UAUUGGGGCCAGAACUCGUAUGGGGCGGCGAAUGCUGCGGACACGGCCAACUUUCAGAAGAGUUUGGCAUUCUACUGUCAAGACAAUUCAAUCGACGUCUUUCCUAUUGCCUUCCUCACCUCCUUUUUCAGUACGGGAAACCUUCCUUCAAUCAACCUCGCGAAUACUUGCAACUCGGUGAAUGGCAAUACGACCUUCCCUGGUACCAAUCUUCUCGACUGUUCUGGUCUCGCGUCGGAUAUCAAAACUUGCCAAGCAAAGGGGAAGAUUAUCACCCUCUCAUUGGGCGGCGCAACAGGCUCUGUCGGCUUCACGGGCGAUGACCAAGCGACAGAUUUCGCAGAGACGAUCUGGAACCUGUUCCUAGGAGGAUCGAGCUCUACACGACCGUUUGGAGAUGCAGUGCUUGAUGGCGUGGAUCUCGACAUAGAAGGCGGGAGUUCAACAGGCUAUGCGGCCUUCGUCACCAAGAUUCGUAGCCUUGCCAGCGGGGCUAGCAAACCUUACUACGUCUCCGCGGCUCCACAGGCACGCCUGAAUUUCAUCACUUGUUGUCCAUACCCCGAUGCAUCGCUAGGAAGCGUCCUCAAUGCCGCCGACUUCGACAUGGUAUACGUACAAUUCUAUAACAACGUGUGCGGGCUCCAGAACUUCAACCUUGCCCAGGAUUGGGACUUCGGUAUCUGGGAUAACUGGGCACGAACUAUCAGUCCCAACAAGAAUGUUAAGAUAUUUGUGGGCGCUCCUGCUUCUAGCUCCGCAGCAGGCACUGGGUACCAAGCUAUCGGAACAUUGAGCAACAUCGCCGUGCAGAUGCGUAAAAGUUUCCCGUCUUUUGGUGGUGUUAUGUUAUGGGAUGCGUCACAAGCUUAUGCAAACAGCCGUUACGAUGCAGCAAUCAAGAGCGCACUAACUGCGGCAGGAGGUACUGGAUUCACUUUCCCUGCGUGCUCAGCUCCGGCCUUCGUAUCCGGCACGAAUUACCAGGGCGGAUCACAGGUUUCCUUCAAUGGUGGUCAUCUCUGGACGGCCAAAUGGUGGACUGAAAAUGACACGCCCGGUGGUACGUUGCGCCGUUAUCCACUCUCGCGCAUUGCCACGUUAUUAACGGCCCCUAUGCAGGUUCUGCCGGUGUUUGGACUGACGAUGGUGCAUGCAGUAGCCUAA